AUGAAAGUUUUACUAUACAACAUCCUUUUUGUUUUAUAUUCGAUUUGUGCCCUUUGCUUAAAAGAAAGGAAUAAUGCUUUUUCUUUCAUAGGAUUUUCGAAAAGAGGAGAAGGGCGACAUUUGUUUGGAAGGAACCAAAUGAAGUCACAAGAUAUUGAAAAGAAUAAUAAAGAAUUAUCAAAUAAAAUGGAUUCACAAGAUCCUAAACAAUAUAUAACAUAUCUUUAUCAUAGUAGUAUUUGUCAGUAUUGCACUAAAGUAACAUCUAUGUUAGAAAAUAAUGAUAAUGUUCAGAUUAUAAAAUUUAAAGAAAAUGAUAAAAUAGAAGAUUUUGGUAAAUUUAAAAAACCUAUUGUUGUUUUAUUAAAGAAUAUAAAUAAAGAAAAUUCUUUAGAAAGAAGUAUAUUCUUUGACGAAUUAAAAAGAAAAGGAAAAAAAGUUCAAGUACCUGCAUUAGAAGUAAAUAAUAUUAUUAUAUUUGAAUCAGAUGAAAUUAUAAAAUUUUAUAAAAAAUUAUUGCAAAAAGUAUCAGAUGAUGAACAAUCUUCACUUCCAAAUAGGAGGAAUAUAAAGAAUUAUAAAAAAAAUAAUUAUAGCGAUUAUGAUAUUAAUGAUGAUGAUGAUGAUAAUAAUAAUAACGAUGAUGAUUAUGAUUUCAAUACCAGAUAA